AAACAUGACAGACAAUCAGCUACUAGACCUUGCUACUCCCCCCGGCAUGUAUCGCAGGUCAAAGACUUCUGCUUGAUACCGCUCGGCACACCUACCGCGUCCGUGUCCAAAGAGGUCUCGCAGGUGCAGCGACUGCUCAAGAAGAGCGGCCUUGUGUACCAUAUGCACUCUGCUGGAACAACAGUUGAGGGCCCCUGGGAUGACGUUAUGCGUGUGAUUGGUCAGGCCCACUCGUUGCUACACGAGAAUGGUGUUGUCAGGAUCCAAAGCGAUAUCAGAGUUGGAUCGAGAACAGACAAGACGCAGACGGCCGAGGACAAGGUUGCUGCAGUCAGGGCUAUCUUGGACAAGGAUGAACAGGCCUAG